UAUGCUUAGAUUUACAUCCUAGGCAGUGAAAUCAUUAUUGAUGCCUGUUUUACGACCAAUUACUAUGAAUAUGAAACCAGAAUAAGAAUUUGGAUUAGCAAGAUUAUUUAAAUAAGUUAGAAUUACAGGUUAAGCAAGAACAAAAACUAAAUCUGCUUCUUCUAAUUGGAAAAAGAGGAUAAGAACACCUAAUAAGUUAUAUAAAAUUGGCAAUCAUAAAGGUUUAAUGAAGAGAGUAAAAAUUGUUGGACCUAGAAGAGCCAGAAGAUUAAAGUUUAAAUCUCCAGGGUCAAGACAUUUGAAUAGAAAUUGCUCAAAAGCAAAUUUAAGAAGAAAGAGACGAACAAGAUAUAUUAGUGAUGUUGAUAUGCCUAGGAUGAGGAAACUAUUACCAUUAAUGAAAAGAUAAAAAUGUAAGAGAGGAUCAUGAGUUU